CGAGGAGAGGCGAUCGGGAUGGGCGAGGGCGUGGCGGCGGAAGGGAGGGGAGGAGUCCGCGGCGCGAACUGUUGGCAACGGCCUCCAGUCGCUGUAGUCAGUGGGCAAGCGGAGGCGGCGCUCUGCAAGUGAGCCCGCAGAGCCACCCACAACGAAGACGGCAGUCGUGGGUUCAAAACAGGUUCAGAUCGCGAAAAUGCCAAAUGACAGAAUAGGCUGGCAAUUUUUCGCCUGUUAUGCACGUACGUCGAGUGUCCCAGGCUGCGGACGGGCUACAGAGUCGUAAAAACUACACAGCCAUUCAACAUAAAUAAUAUAAAUUGUGACUUAUGUAAAGAGAUUUUAAUGACCUAAUAAAAAUAUUUCAAAGGGUUAAAUGUUUCUGGAAACUCAUACGCAUUAAGUUAUUAAUACCUACAAAAAUGUUAAAGUAUGAUUUGUGGCAAUCAUCGAUUAUCUAAAGUCAACGGUAUACAUUCGAGAUAUGUGUAGAUUUGGGGCCAAGAAUGAACUAAAGAAAUGUAAAUGCUAAUAUUAAACUAACAAACAAUGGAAUCUAUCAUAAGCAUUGUCAUGUAAGGUAUUCCAAUGAGCCACUCACAGGCCUCCAAUGUGCCUCUCGCAACCUCCAAUCCGCCACCCCACUACCCUCCUGGCGACCCUUCAAUGAGACACUCGCAAUCCUCCAAUGUGCCACUCGCAACCCUCCAAUGCACCACUCGCAAACCUCCAAUGCGCCACUCGACAACCCUCUAAUACGCCACUUACGACUCUCCAAUGCGCUACUCGAGACCCUUCAAUGUGUUACGUUUGGCCAUCGCUCGGUGAUCUCUGACAUAAUCGCUCCGCCUCAGGUAUGGCGUGCUGGAUGUGGCGCGUGUUGGGCGCUCUGGGGCACGCCUCAUGGGUGGAGUGGUGGCUGCUGGGCGGAGGCGCGCUUCUCCUCUUCCUGUACUGGCUGGGCACCCGGUCGUACGACCACUUCCGGCGGCGGGGCAUGCCCUUCGCGCGGCCGCUGCCCUUCGUGGGCAGCAUGGCGCCCGUGCUGCUGGGCCGUCUGUCCAUGGCCGACUGGGCGCUUCACCUGUACAGCGCCCACAGCCACCUGCCGGCCAGCGGCUUCUUCCAGUUCGCGCGCCCCAUGCUGCUGCUGCGAGACCCAGACCUCAUCAGGGCGGUCACCGUCAAGGCAUUCGACCACUUCGUGGACCACCAGCAGUUCAACACGGAGCGCGCGGAGCCCAUGUUUGCGAGGAUCCUCCUGGGGCUGACUGAUGGUGUGUUCGAGGUGGAGAUGAAGGACUUCUGUUCGAGACUCACCAAUGACAUCAUCGCGAGUAGUGCUUUCGGGAUAGAAUGCGAUUCCCUGCGGCAGCCAGAUAAUGAAUUCUACCGGAUGGGUCGCGACCUUACCAACAUUAAGGGGAUCAAGAUCCUGAUCUUAUUUGGCCACAUUCUGUGCCCCAAGAUCAUGGAGUUUUUUGGAAUCCGCUUGAACAGUAAUAAAGUGCAAGACUUUUUCCACAACACCGUGCACGCAACAAUCAACGAACGGCAGAAAAAGGGGAUAUUUCGGCCAGAUAUGCUGCAGCAACUCAUGCAGGCGCGCGAAGGAAUUCUCAAAGCGGAAGCAGGAGAUGAACCGGAAAGCAUCAAGGGCGCUAAACUAAAAACUUCUGUUCCUACGCCUUCGCCCAGCACCCCGACAUCCAGGAGCGGGCGCAACGGGAAGUGGACCAAGUCUUCGACAAGUACAGCGAUACGAUGUCGUACGACGCCGCUCAGGAGCUCAGAUAUACCGAAAUGUUCAUCAACGAUUCUGAAGAUACCGUUCAAAAGUUCAAAAAUUAGAAACUUUUAUCACAGUCUCAUUCACGACACCAUCAAGGAGCGCCAGCAGAAGGGCAUCUUCCGUCCCGACAUGCUGCAGCUGCUCAUGCAGGCGCGCGAAGGACAGCUCAAGGCGGAAGCUGGAGACGAGCAGGAGAACAUCUCGGGCGCCAAGCUGAAGAAGCUGACGGAUCUCGACAUGACGGCGCAAGCCGUCAUCUUCUUCUUCGCCGGCUUCGACACCGUGUCCACCGCCAUGAGCUACUGCGCCUACGCCCUGGCCCGUCACCCGGAGGUGCAGCAGCGCUUGCAGCGGGAGGUGGACGAAACCUUCGAGAAGAACGACGGAAAGCUCACGUACGAGGCCGUGCAGGAAGCCAAGUACUUGGACAUGUUCAUUAGCGGGUUCCGGUUCGCGCUGCUGGAGGCGAAGGUAGCCCUGGCCCACAUCCUUCGGCACCUGACCUUCCGGGAGACAGCCAGGACCCCCAAGGAGGUGGCGUACAGCCCCACCGACCUGAGCGGGGUCAUCGUGGGCGGCUUCUGGAUUCUAGGAAUACCCUUCAACAGCCCCCAAAUAAGGACAUUUUAUCACAGUCUCAUUCACGACACCAUUAAGGAGCGCCAGCAGAAGGGCAUCUUCCGUCCCGACAUGCUGCAGCUGCUCAUGCAGGCGCGCGAAGGACAGCUCAAGGCGGAAGCUGGUGACGAACAGGAGAACAUCUCCGGCGCCAAGCUGAGGAAGCUGACGGACCAAGACAUGACGUCGCAAGCAGUCAUCUUCUUCUUCGCCGGCUUCGAAACAGUGUCCACCGCCAUGAGCUACUGCGCCUACGCCCUGGCCCGUCACCCGGAGGUGCAGCAGCGCUUGCAGCGGGAGGUGGACGAAGCCUUCGAGAAGAACGGCGGAAAGCUCACAUACGAGGCCGUGCAGGAAGCCAAGUACUUGGACAUGUUCAUCAGCGGGUUCCGGUUCGCGCUGCUGGAGGCGAAGGUAGCCCUGGCCCACAUCCUUCGGCACCUGACCUUCCAGGAGACAGCCAGGACCCCCAAGGAGGUGGUGUACAGCCCCACCGACCUGAGCGGGGUCAUCGUGGGCGGCUUCUGGGUCGGGCUGGCGCCGAGGGCUCCUCGGCAGUAGGGCCGCAACGCGACCGCCUGCCCUUUCGGGCGCCUUCGCUUCACUUCAUUAUGUUAAAACCAAAAUACCAGUAUUGCUGGUCUGAUGAGAUUCAAGGUAUACACAAUCCGACAAUAACUCAUGUUUCAUUACGGAGUUUCAUUACAAGCAGAAUCAUUAAAGACUGGCUUGUAAGAGCAUUUAAAAACUGGUUGCUUUUACUACAAUAUAUUCAAAGGAAACAUAUGAACGAGGAAUAAAUUAUGUAUGUGUCGAGAUUUGUUACAUCCCCUUCUGAGCUUUAUAAAUAUUGUCUGGUAUGUAUGAUAGGUACUGUAUUUAUUUCUGAUAGUGGUAUCGUUCACACCACGCACAUAAGUGUUUGUUGAAAAUGAGCGUAACACAUUAUUGUAUGUGAGUUUACGCGACCGAUUUGUGUAAUUAUAAUAUUGUAAAGUAAUUUUAAAUGUUUUCAUAUGGUUUUUAGUUACAUAGUUUAAAUUAAACAUAUAUCAUGAAAUAAUUAUCUUAAACAAAAAACAAAUUGAAAAACGGUAUAUUGUAUAUUGAUUUAAACAAUUUCUCAUUUACAACUUAUAGAUUUGUUUAAUUAAUAAUGUAUUCACUUAUAUUUAUUAGACCCUGAAGAUAAAUGGCAAUAACUUUCGAAACGUUGGUCUAAAAAUUGUAUGAAUAUAAUAAAAAUGUAUUAUGUGAAUGUCUGCCAAAAAACUAAAAGACCUCUCAACCAAUUUAAAGAACACGUGUGUAGUGAUACCUUUUUCCGACAAUACUACGCACAACUGUAAUAAAAAUGACCUUAGCUCUAUAAUUUAAUAUCUCUGGCACUUGAUACAUUCACACCUAGACGCAAUUAAAACCAAUAUCCAAGUUACCUUUAUAAAUAAGAGUUAAGAAAAGUGUCAUAGCCGUUCUUAAAUAUGAACAUUCCGGUUUAGGCAAUCGAAUGUACUCGUAAAAAUAAACAAACAGUCAUCUCCUUUCUUAUAGAUACGUAGUUCUGUACGUUGAUGAACUGCCAAAUCGUACAACUCAUAGGUCACCCUAUGGUGAUGCGUAGCUAAACUAAUGCGCAAUGAUGCUCUCUUGAAUCUGUGAUGUAAUGCUCGGUGACAAAAGCCCACAAAAGUAAUUAUUUUGUAAAUACACUAAAUAUACGAUUUUUAAGAUUUAUGGUUGUAAAACAUGGCCUAUA